GGGAGACACCAUGAUCAGGCAGGUGGUUUUCCCAGGGCGAGGCUCAUCCCUUGCACUCCGGGUGUGCUGACCCCUGCGAUUUCCCCAAAUGCGGGAAACUCGACUGCAUAAUUUGUGGUAGUGGGGGACUGCGUUCGCGCUCUCCCCUGGCUUACGAGGUUUAACAAUAGAAAUAACCUCUCAGGCUGAGGUGUAUGUGUCCGGAUAACGUGGCUGCGCCCGCUGUGUCCCGCCGGUGACUCCUGCGCAUGGCCGUCAGCAUGCAUGCAAUGGGUUCUUUGAAUAUGUUCCAUCAUUCCACCCUUCCCCAUCCCGUCUCAGCACCCCGCGCCAGGUGGUCCCCUCGGUCCGGGAGUCAGGCCCCUCUCUAACCUGACCGGCCACCUCCGAUUCCAAGCGCGUGUCACAGACCCGUGCGCGGGAGCCGUGUCCUGCCUCGGCUCCUCCCCGCUUGCGAGUGACGCCAUCGCCUCGCGACGGCACCGCCGCCUCGACGACUUCCCGUUCUUCUUCCUCCUCCUUCCGUCCUGGCAGACCCGGUCCGUCGCGGUGGCUCCGGGAGCCCCUUCCCUUCGCCGCCCGGAUGGCGUCCAGCGCCGGCCGUGGGCCGCGCUGCCGGGAACGGAGCCGCCGGGGCCGUUCGGGACGGGGCUCGGUACCCGCCGGGCGCAGCCGCAGCCGGAGCCGAAGCCGCGUGCGGGGAGGCGAGCUCCAAACCCACCGGGAACAGUCACCACUCGGAGAUCCAGAGGUUUUGUCCCACUCUGAGGAGGAAGCGGAUGCUGCCGAGCCCCAGCAAAAAAACACCCGAAACCAAAAAGCGAAAAGGAAUCGCCAUGAUUCCCGCGGUGCGGUCCCUGUGGAGGGCGAGGUGCACGGGGAGCCCUCGGGGAGCCCUCAGAACGGGUGUGUGCCGCCUCCCGCUCCCAAGGUGCCCGGGAAACGUGGACGGAAAUCGAAGACGGAGCUACUGCUGCUGAAGCUGUCGCAGGACCUGGACUGCCCGAGCCCGGAGCCCAUCUGCGUGGAGAAGGUGCUGGGGAGCAGCGAAGCAGCACAAGGCCUGGAGCCCGCCCCGGGCGGGCGCCCCAAGAGACGGGCAGCCAAAGUGGCUUUGCUGUACCUGCAGGAGCUGGCAGAGGAGCUGACAUCGGUGUACCAGCCCCCAGCUCCCACCGAGGGUGCCCAGGAGCCAGAGCCAGCGCUGGAGCGUACCCAGAAGCAGCGUCGGAGCCGGAGGAAGAAGGAGGAAGAGGCAGACAGUGAUGAUGCCACACGAGAUGCUGAUUUUGUGCCCUCGAAGGAGGUUUUGCUGCAGGCCGAGGAGGAGGAGGGAAGUGACUCGCCCCUCAGUGAGGCAUCAGAACAGGAGCUCGAGGUGCUGCGAGAACACGGGGCGAAGGUGCCGUCUUCAAGGAGAUCCAAGCCCCAGUGCCGAGGCCUUGCUCCCAACGGUUUCCACAACUCCAUCAUGGCCCCGGUGGAGAAGUGCUCCAGCCUCACCUGCAGCUUGCGGGAUCAGAAGUACUCACAGUGGGAGUUUCCCGACUGGAUUCCUUUGGCUCACAAGUGGAUGUGUCUCUCUGAAAGCGAAGCUGCCCCGUACCUGCCAGCAGAGGAGAAGUCUCCCUUCUUCUCCAUCCAGCGGGAGGGCAUCGAGGACAACAGUGCCUUGUACAGGGUAAACAGGUUCGGCUCCCUGCAGCCCCACGAGGAGCGUCUGGACAUGUCCUUCUUUGUGGGCGGCCCAGUGUGGGCGAUGGAGUGGUGCCCAUGCCCCGAGGGCUCAGCGGCCACUCAGUACGUGGCUCUCUAUUGCCACAGGAGCAUGGAGGAGACGCACAGCAUGACUGGGCUCCACGGGGGCCCCGCGCUCCUGCAGCUCUGGGGCCUGGGCAUGCUGCAACAGGACCAGGGCUUUGCCGCCAAAGCCGGGCUGGCCUACGCCAUCGCUGCUGAUCAUGGCUGUGUCUGGGACAUGAAGUUCUGCCCCAGCGGUGCCUGGGAGCCACCCACCGCUGCUAGGAAGCACCCGCAGCUGAGCCGCUUGGGCCUGUUGGCUGUCGCCUUCUCAGAUGGCAAAGUGGUGCUGUACUCCCUCCCGCACCCUGGGGCCCUGCAGUGCUGCAGGAGAACACAGGUAAAAGAUGGAUCCUUCCACAAGCACUUUAUCUGCAAGGUCCAAGGUAUUGCCACGCUCCAGGUGGGCUCUAUCCAGGCAGGGAACGCAUCUGAGUGUGGCCAAUGCUUCAGCCUCUCCUGGAUGCCAUCAAAGCCCCACCAUCACCUUGCAGCUGGAUUUUAUGAUGGCACUGUAGCCAUCUGGAACCUACUCACUAAGUCUCUGCUGCAGUGCGUGCGUCAGCCUGACAGCUCCCUCAAGCUCUACCCUUUCCAGUGCUUUCUGGCCCACGACCACGCCGUGCGGAGCAUCGAGUGGUGCAAGGCCGACAGCAACUUCCUGGUCACGGCAGGGAGCGACCGUAAGAUCAAGUUCUGGGACCUGCGGCGGCUCUAUGAGCCCAUCAACAGCAUCAAGCGCUUUCUUAGCACCGAGGUGGCUUGGCUGCUGCCCUACAAUGGGGUCACUGUGGCCCAGGACAACUGCUAUGCCUCUUAUGGUCUCUGUGGGAUCCACUAUAUCGACGCCGGGUACUUGGGCUUCAAGGCUUAUUUUGUGGCACCUCGUAAGGGGACUGUGUGGAGCAUCUCUGGCUCGGACUGGCUGAACACGGUGGCUGCAGGGGACAUCACCGGCGAGCUGGUGGCUGCGGUGCUGCCCAACCUGGCCAUCAAUCCCCUCAACGUCAAGCGCUCCUCCGACCGCAGAUUUCCCGUGUACAAAGCUGACCUGCUGCCCUAUGGCUCCACGGGCACAGACGGUGGUGAGCAGGCUCUGCCCAGGACCAGGCGCUACAACGAGAUGGUGGCCAAGAGCUACAUCCAGUUCCGAGACACGGACCUGCGCAGCUUCAAGAACUUCUCGAGCCGGGAGCCCAUGCGCAGGAUGCACGCACAGGAGGUGAAGGGAGAGCUGAGCCUUGAUCGCCUGCAGCUGGAGUCUCUGCACAAGGUGCGCUUCAGCCCCAACCUGGACUCGCACGGCUGGCUGGUGUCAGGGGGACAGGCGGGCAUUGUGCGUGUGCACUGCCUGACGGGACUGGCCUGUGGCGUGAGCCACCAGCUGCUCUCCGAGCGCCGUGCCCACUUCAGCUCCCUCUAUGGUGACAAGCUCGGCAGCCCCAGCCCUGCUGAGCCCUCCCCACGGCCACCGGAGUAGCACAUGGAUCCUUUGUGCUGCUGCCCCACACACUGGCCCCGGGCAGGCCAAGGGGCCACUGUGGCCGUGUGCCCAUUCUCGGUGCUUCUCCCCCUCAGGGCCCUCACCUGGGGCAUAGCCACUGCUCCCAGACAUCUCCUGGGACAUUGGGGACACUGAUGCUCCUGCUCAGGGCCCCAGAGGUCCCUUUUGCGGGGUUUGGCCUGAGCUGGCACAGUGUACGAGGCAUGGGGGAUAGUGCCUGGCUGUGGGAUGGGAUGUGGGGUGAGGGACCCGGUGCUGGGGAAGCACCAGUGGGACCCCAAGCUGUGUGGGGCUGUGCUGCCUCCUGCCUCCUGCCCCCAGUGCGGGGGGCACCCCUGUUCUGGGCGGGAGCAGGCCAGGAGCUCCCGAGUUGCUCACAUUGAGCCUGUGUUUGGCUGUGCAGUAAACGUGGUGUGUUUUGUAUGG